AUGUAUGACAGCACAACCGAUUUGGACGAUCACAUAGCCUCGUACAAGCAGUGGAAAACACUACAAUGGUACACGAACCUCCCGAACGGAUCCAUUGAUUCGUUUGCUCAACUCACAAACACGUUUGUGGAACAGUUCGCCAGCAGCAAGAAACUCGAGAAGCUGUCAGCCGACUUGUACAGAGUAUAUCAGAGAAGGGGCGAGCCAUUGAGAAAGUAUGUCAGCAGGUUUAACAAAGAGAAGAUUUCCAUCCCAGCAUGCAACCUUGAGACAACCGUAGAUGCCUUCAGGAAGGGUCUCCUCCCAGACGGAGAGCUAUACAAAAAGCUUACAAAGCUGGGAUGCACAACAAUGGAAGACGCCCUGGCCCGGGCAGUGAUCCAAAUAAGAUGGGAGGAGGAUGAGAUAAACCGAACAAUUCACUCCAGAUACGAUUCAAGGCGGAAUGACAAAAAACCAGAGCACAGGCCAGCAGAGCACCGCUACCAACCCCCAGCAAACAAUUCGAGUAGAGUCAGGAAAUUGUAUGAUCGCCAGCCAACAAGAACCGAGAGCGGACAGUUCAGAUCGAACCGGUACAAAAUACCAGAGUACAGCCUCAACGUCGAGCCAACCCAGGUCGUCGCGAUUAUGAAAGGAAUGGGAUCCACUGUUAAGUGGCAGGGCAAGCUCAAUCCCGAGGCGAGGAGGGACAAAACCAAAUGGUGUGAGUUCCACGGCGAUCAUGGGCACAACACCACAGACUGCAUCGCUUUACGACUAGAGGUCGCUGCACUUCUAAAGAGGGGACACCUCCGGGAUCUGCUAACUGAUAAGGGGAAGAACACCAUCAGCCAUAAGAGUUCAAAAGAACCAUCACCACCUCCGCGAGAACCUACACCGAAAGGUUUCUGUUCUCUCAUCUCCGGAGGAUCAGAGAUCAGUGGAGUAAGUUACUCAUCAGCCAAACGAUAUGCUAGAGCCAACCACCACUAUGAAGUCCAAUCUAUCCAUCCAGCCUCACGGUCACACACUUAUCAGGUAAUUCAAUUUGAAGAUGACGAGCCGGUCACCCUGGCCGUUACUCAUCACGAUGCCCUAGUCAUCUCCUUGCAGGUUACCAACAUCCUAGUGAAAAGAGUAUUCGUAGAUGAAGGCUCCUCAACAAACAUCUUAUUCCUCGAAACAGUGAAGGUUAUGGGACUGGAAGAGGCAAACAUCAACAGGCGACUGACGCUGCUAGUUGGUUUCAGCUCUGAGCAGAAGUACACUAUCGGGAAGAUCAUCCUCCCUAUCUACGCCGGAGGAGUAAACAAACAGACAAUUUUUCUGGUAAUCGACUGCCCCUUGCCAUACAACAUCAUCUUGAGUCGACCUUGGAUCAACGACAUGCGGGCAGUCUCAUCUACCUUCUACCAGACGAUCAGAUUUUCAACUAAGUGGGAGGUACGAGAGAUCAAGGGUGACCCCAAAACUUCCAGGGAUUGCUACAAGAAUGCUUUCAAAGGCAAGGGUAAUUUUUCGUAG